AUGAAUACGACUACUCUCACUUCUACGAUCGAACUCAAAAACCUUGAGGAAAACGAAAAAGAUCACCAGGGAGACGAAGCUAGAUGCGAGGGUAAUCUCGUACGGCAGGCUUCUGGUAAGUUUGAUGCCGUAUAUGGAGUUGGUGGUGUAGGACACACGCAAAGGCGCCUUAAGCCCCGACAUGUUGCCUUGAUCGGUUUUGGAGGUGGGAUUGGUUCAGGAUUAUUUAUUGAAACAGGCUCCAUGUUAAACAAUGCUGGACCUGCAGGUUUACUACUCGUCUUUGCAACAGUUGGCGGCUUUCUUUGGUGUAUUAUGGAGUCCAUUGGAGAAAUGUUUCCCACCACUGGAUCAUUUCCCCAUCUAGCAACACGUUUCGUCGACCCAGCCUUGGGUUUCACAUUAGCUAUUUCAUACGGCUGUUCAUCCACCAUAGCCAUGGUUUCCGAAGUCAACAAUAUAUCCAAGGUAGUACUAUCAUACUGGACAGACCUGAAUCCUGCUUUAGUUAUCUCACUAAGUCUACUAUCUGUGCUUGCAAUAAACCUCUUUAGCGUGCGAUAUUACGGUGAGGCCGAGGUUGUCAGCGCCGUCGUGAAGGGUGUUGGAUUCUUAGUCUUGGUAAUAGUUUCUCUGGUCAUCACUCUCGGAGGAGCACCCAACUGUGACCGCAUUGGAUUCAAAUACUGGAUUGAUCCGGGACCAUUUGCAAAAUAUAAUGACAUCACAAAAUCUAAAGGCCAGUUUUUUGGACUCUUCCGGGCAUUUAUUGAUGCCAUAUUUUCUUUCAUUGGAAUGGAAACUGUAGUGGUAACUGCAUCCGAAUCUGUCAACCCGCAUCGAUCAAUCACCAAGGCCGUGAAACGUGUCAUUUACCGAAUUCUCUACUUUAAUGUAUUGGGUGCCUUUCUUCUGGGCCUAACUAUAUCCUCGACUGAUCCGGAUCUUAUUGAUGAUUUAGGCGAGUCUAUGGCCUCGCCUUUUAUUGUCGCCAUGAAGAAUGCCGGUGUUGAGGUUGUUCCAUCGAUAAUCAACGUGUGUAUCCUUUUCUCCGCAUGGUCCUCUUGUAGUGGCUAUCUCUACGUCACUGCUCGUAUGAUUAUUGCCAUGGCUGUUGACCGUCAUGUACCUCAGAUAUUUUCAAGAGUCAGUCGUUGGGGCGUGCCAUAUUUUGCCGUCAUGGCAUCUUUCGUUUUAAGUUUAUUAUCAUAUGUUUGCCUCGCAGAUAGGUCCCUAACGUGGCUAAAAGAUAUCAGUACUAUGACAGGUCUGUUGGCGUGGAUGACGCUCUGUAUUUGUUUCAUCAGGUAUGAGCAAGCUUGCCGAGCCCAGGGGAUGAAUCGCAACAAUCUAGACUUUAAAAGUCGAUUUCAACCUUACUCUGCCUAUAUAGGAGCUAUAGGCUGCGCCUUAAUCAUUUUAUUGUCUGGUAUCAAAGUUCUCUCUGGGAAAUGGACUGCAGUAAACUUUGUUACCAAUUAUGCAGGCGUUAUUGUCUAUGUCGUUCCAUUUGUUGCUAGGAAGCUCAUCAAAAAGUCUGGGUUUGCUCGCUCUGCGAAACUCGAUCUCUUUUCAGGUCGAUUCGAUUCUACUUCCGUGAAUAAGACCGCAGCUCCUUCAUCUUGCUGGGAUAAAUUUAUGGAAUGGCUCGUCUAG